AUGUUGCAAAAGACAACAACCCCUUCUAGGGACCAGAUCUUGGAAGACGAUGAUUUGAACUGCUCGGCACUUUGUAACUUACCCGUUCUCAGCCUAAGACAACUAGUUCUCGGCCUAAGACAACUACCUGUUCUCGGCCUAAGACAAUUAACUCGGGUCUGCAAGCUCGGUACUUUGUACGAGGGACUGGAUGCCGACCGUGUCACUUCUAAUAAUAGCAUAUCUCUUAGCUGGCGACCAUAUAAUAAUGCACUGACUUGUUUGGGAUUUGAACCCGAGCAGAUACACUAUGUACACAUGCCACCUUAA